AUGGAAUAUUCUUGUGUUCAAUUGAAUGAUUUACCCGAUGAAGUUCUUAUGAUUAUUUUAAAAAAACUGGCUAAUAUGGAAGUACUUUAUUCUUUAGUAGGUGUCCAUAAACGAUUAAAUAGAAUUGCACAGGAUUCUGUUUUUACAAAUAAUUUGACCCUAUUGAUAUCUUCAUCGAAUGGUUUUGUAUAUUCAUUACCUGAUCCAAUACUUGAUCGAUUUUGUUCACAUAUUUUACCUAAAAUUCAUCAAAAGAUUAAAUGGCUUGGCCUAGAAUCACUAUCAAUCGAACGUAUUCUACGUGCUACAAAUUAUCCUAAUUUAUAUGGAAUUAGUUUAUAUAAUAUUCAAGCAGAAACCGCUAUAGGUCUUUUUACUGAUGAAACUUCUUUAAUUUGUACCUUGAAAAAUCAAAUUUUAGAACUUGUUAUCGACAUAAGUACAAAUAAAAUACAAAGUUUACCAGUAGAUGAUAAUACAAUUAUAUUUAUACAUAUCUUUACUACCUUCACUAAUUUACAAUAUUUAAAUUUUGGUCCAUCGUUAUUGUAUCAUCAACGAUUAUCAUUUUUCACUUCACCUUUAACUGUUAUCUCUACAAAUCUGUUAAAAUUACAUGUCUACUUGGAGAAUUUUAAUGAUUGUCUUUAUUUACUUGAUGGUCGUUUCAAUCAACUUCAUACACUUUCUGCUAAUAUUUCUUUCAUUUCUGCUUCGCCUCUCACAAUCAAUAAUAAGGAAAAAAUGCCUACUUUAAAAUGCGUUUCGCUGCAUUGUGAUAUAGAAACAUGUGCUUAUGAUGAAUUAAUAUUACCACUUUUCCGUCGAAUGUUGAAUUUAGAAAAACUUAAUUUAUGUCUUAUUGUUGGUGAUAGAAAAACAUUUUUUGAUGAUAAAAAAGGGCAUUGCCAUAUUUAUUCAUAUCCAUAUAAACUGAACUAUUACGAUGAUAUAACAAAUAAUUUUCCAGGUGGAAUAUUUAAAUAUGUUCGUAAAGUUUCAUUAUUUGACGAACAUCCUUUUGAACAUGAAUUUUUUCUUCGAAUUGCUCAAUCAUUUCCAUUGAUGGAAAAAUUAUGUGUAUGUAAUGAAAAACGACAAAUUAAUAAGCAAUUUAGAAAAUCAAAGAAUGAAAAUCAAGAUUUAUCAAUCAUUAAAUAUCCUUAUCUUAAAGAACUUGAUCUUAUUCAUAGUUGCAUAGAUUAUCAUGCACAAUUCUUAUUAGAUACCAAAACAUGUCUACCAUUUGAUGUUCGUGUUUCUAUGCAAUAUGAACUAUUGAAAAAAGUGACACGCAAUUUUCGAAGAAAUACAACACGUAGUAAUUGUGCAAAAAUGAAUUGUGUAUAUUUAUGUACAAAAGUAGAAUUUUCUGGAUAUUUCGACAAUUUUUCUCCGAGAAAACCACAAUUUCCUGAACAUAUAAAAGACUAUUCUCCUCGUGCUAAAAUACACUGA